AUGGACGCGGCGGCCGGCCUGGCGCAGCGGCUUCGGGCAGCGUUGCGGGAAGAGGAGCCGCGGGCGGUGGAGGAACUGCUGAGCCGCGGCGCCGACCCCAACCUGCUGCUGGCGGAUGGCGCGGCAGCCAUGCACCUGGCGGCGGGAGCCCGGCACUCGCGCGGUCUGCGCUGUCUCGAAGCCCUGCUGCGCCGAGGCGGGGACGCCAACUCUCGUUCGGUCGAGGCCCUGACGCCGCUGCACGUGGCUGCCGCCUGGGGCUGUCGCCGUGGCCUGGAGCUACUGCUGGGCCACAGAGCGGACCCCGCACUGCGAGACCAGGACGGACUGCGGCCGCUGGACCUGGCAGAGCACCAGGGGGCCCAGGAUUGCGCGCGCGUCCUUCGGGAGUUCCAGACUCGGACCAAGACCUCGACCCAGACCCGGGCAGAGAGCCAGGAGCCUGAGCCUGAGCCCGAGGCUGACGGUGACCCCUCUGGACCUCCCAAUGUGACCCCAGGCUCCACAGCACUGGGCAGACGUGAUGGCAGGGACAUGGGCCUGGAGGUCAGCCCCAGAACCCCCAGCCUCCUUGCCCACCCUGAGAUUGCUGACAAGGAUAGCGGCUUGGAGUCCCCCCCAGGACUAUGGGACUACCGCUCAGAUACCUCCUUUGUCACUGCGAUUGAAGCUUCUGGAACUGAAGAUCCAGCUCCGCAUACCUCCUCCUGGGCUGGGCCAUUACCCCAGACCAAGCAGGGACUCCUGCCUGGUAUUCAACCUUCCCAGAGGAUGCCAAGGUCUCCAGGUACCCCACAGCUGGUGCAUCGAGCUGCCAGGGCAGACAGGGAGGCAGAACUAAAUACCCGUCUGCAGGCCCUGACCCUGACCUCUCCAGAUGCCUCCCCCUCCGCCAUAUCCCUCCCUGGUGGGAGCCCUGCCCCAAGUCCCCCUCGGGAACCACCGCCUGGACUCCCCGACUCCCCCUUCCUAAAAGACGAAGAGGUGUCCCUCGACAGUGAUGUGGCUGCCCUCUGGCUGACGGAGGACGAGGAGAGCUCCACAGGUGGCAGGGACCCUGUCCCCUCUUGCUGGUGCCCUCCGGUCCCUGCCAUGUCUGACCUGGAUUUGCUGCGAGGGCUCCGAGUGCUUGGCGAGAACUUUUCAGGGCACAGCCCAGAGCUCGCUGAAGCCCUGCGGACAGGCUGUAUCCCAGAUGCCCAGGCAGAUGAGGAUGUGCUUGCCCAGCAGUUUGAGCGGCCAGAUCCCAAGAGAAGGUGGCGGGAGGGGGUCGUGAAAUCCAGUUUCACGUAUCUACUGUUGGACCCCAGGGAGACUCAGGACCUGCCAGCUCGAGCCUUCUCACUGACCCCCGCUGAACGCCUUCGGACCUUUGUCCGUGCCAUCUUCUAUGUGGGGAAAGGGACACGGGCCCGGCCGGAUGUCCACCUCUGGGAGGCCCUCAGGCUCCGUCGGCAGCCAGGAAAGCAGGGAUCCAGACGCUGACCAACCAGAAACAAGGACACUGCUAUGGAGUCGUGGCGGGCUGGUCAGCCACCCGGCGCCGCCGCUUGGGGGUGCAUCUGCUGCACCGCGCCCUCCUUGUCUUCUUGGCUGAGGGUGAGCGAGAGCUGCGGCCCCAGGACAUCCAGGCGCGUGGCUGAGUACUGGGGAGGCCAUCCAGCCUAGGUAGAGAUCAGGGUGUUUGAAUGUUGCAGCUGCCCCAUGCUGAUGCCAGCCACCCAUCUCCAGAAGGCUGCCAGGGGUGAGGGGGCGGCGGGCAGGAGGGUGUAUCUUCCCCUCAAGCUGAGGGAAGACUUUGUUACAGAUGGAGCUUCUGGAGCUUCCCGUCAUGGGAGAGCAAGUAGGGAACCAGAGGAUCUUUGGAACAUUCCAGUGCUUCAGAAUAUGCUAGUGCUUUGGCAGUUUGGUCCUGUCUGUGUAAUCCGCUUUUAUCUCCCAGACACAGGGGACUCACGUGUAGUAUGGGCUGGGGGAAGCGGCCAAACUCAAGGGCCGGAUUUCUCUGCUUCCCAGCUGUGGGACCUCGGACCAAGAACUUGUCUUCCUGAGGCUCAGUUUCCUUAGUUGUACAGUGGGGACAGUGACAAGUCCUACCUCAGGGGGUCAUGGUGGAGACCGGAGUAAACAAAGGCAGGAAAUACAGUGUGUGGCUCAGAGGAGCCCAGCAAGUGGAAAAUCUCUUGGGGAAAGGAGAGGCCGUGAUGCUGUCCAGGGGCCGACUGUGUGUGGUGACGUGGACAGAGCCCGGGAGGUCGACCGGGGUCUGGGUGAGCGACCAGCCCUCCUCAGGGUAGCUGUGCAACUCGGGUCUCCAUUGCUUCCCUGAGGCUGUUUCUUUCGCUAGAAGAUGCAAUAAAUAACCGCCAUUCCUUGGUGAUGCUAUGCGA